CUAGAGGACAUACAGAUCUUAUUGACAGUGUAUUCUUUGGCUACCGUAAACUAUAAGAUUGAAAACCAUGGAAACCCUCCUCAUUACUUCUCUAUCAAAUAGCUAGCACAUUAGUGGAGCCUGUGUAGGGAUUUAGAAAUCCACUGAACUUGCCCAAAAGAAUACGUUGAAAUUAUAAUAACAAUUUUUAUUAUUAUUACUACAUUCACCACCAUCCAGUAGGUGGCGGUGAAGUUAGAUAUAAAACCACAAAGAACAAAAUCCCUACAAACAAGAACAUAUCGCGAUAUUAGGCAGAUUGUUUGAAACAUGGCUGCUUCUAUGAAGAAGGCUGCCCACAAUAUUGAAACGCGAAAGCGGACUGAUGAUGUUCGGUUUUCGGACGGUAUCGACUUCAGUUCCCUAUUGUUGUCCCAGGUUGUUCUUGAUGGAUUAUUCGCCUCUGGAUUCCAGAAACCUUCUCCAAUCCAGCUCAAAGCAAUUCCGCUGGGGCGAUGCGGACUUGAUCUGAUAGUGCAAGCCAAGUCUGGUACAGGGAAGACCUGUGUGUUCUCUACCAUUGCCCUGGACUCACUGGUGAUGGAGAACCCUGCCAUACAGGUGCUGGUGCUUGCCCCAACCCGUGAGAUAGCGGUGCAGAUCCACUCUGUGGUGAUGGCUAUAGGCAGUGCCAUGGAAGGCCUACAGUGUCAUGUCUUCAUUGGGGGCACUUCUGUCAGCCAGGACAAGAUCAGUCUCAAGAAGUGCCACAUUGCUGUUGGAUCACCAGGGCGUAUCAAACAGCUGAUUGAGCUGGGUCAUUUGGUUACAGCCAGCAUCCGCCUGUUUGUGUUGGAUGAGGCUGACAAACUUCUAGAGGAAGGCAGCUUCCAGGACCAGAUCAAUUGGAUCUUCUCCUCUCUGCCUGUCAACAAACAGAUGUUGGCCCUGUCUGCCACCUACCCAGAAUCCUUAGCUCAGCACCUAGCCUGCUACAUGCGAGAGCCCACCUUUGUCAGGCUAAAUCCCUCUGAUCCUGGACUCAUAGGUUUGAGGCAGUACUACAAGUUGGUGCGCUCCCAUGCCGUACCCCACAUGGUGUUUGAAGAGAAGGUUUUGCACUUGCUGGACCUGUUCAGUAAAGUGCCCUUUAAUCAGGCACUAGUGUUUUCUAACCUACAUACCAGAGCCCAGCAUCUAGCAGACAUCUUGUCUUCCAAGGGCCUGCCUGCAGUCUGUAUCUCAGGUUGUCUGAGCCAAGACCAGCGAAUGGAGGCCAUGUCCAAAUUGAAGCAGUACCAGUGUAGAAUACUCAUCUCCACUGACCUGACCUCCAGGGGUAUCGAUGCUGAGAAGGUGAAUCUGGUGAUCAAUUUGGACAUUCCUCAGGACUGGGAAACCUACAUGCACCGUAUUGGCCGGGCUGGACGGUUUGGUACUCACGGACUGGCAGUUACAUACUGUUGUCAUGGAGAGGAGGAAAACAAGAUUUUGGCCAUCGCUCAGAAGUGUAACCUGAGUCUGUAUGCUCUCCCAGAACCCAUAGAGCCAGGGCUGAUGCAGGAGCCCUGUGACUGGGAUGUCACUGUGGGGGCCCUGACGCCAGGUACCGACUCUCAAGUGUUCCCCAAGGUGAAGGGGAGAAGGGCUGAAAUGGAUCACCAGGCUACUAAACCCUCCAGGGACCAGGAUGUCUACCAAGAGGGCCCUGAGAGCCAGUAUACAGCCAAGCCUUGGGCUAAAGUCAGGAUGAAGCCCAAAAAGGUGUCCCCUGCCAUUCAUGUCCUACCUUCUUCCCUGGCUUCAGUAGGCCCUGGGGCCUCCCAACCUAUGUCAAGGAAGGAGCAACAGGAUGCGCUACCUAAGAUCUUUCCGCUAAGUGCCUUUAAAAGUCAAAGCUCACGCUUCAUGACCUUCCAGGAUGCAGAGCUGGACUUCCUGUGCUUCAUCCGGGAGGGGCCAGGCAGGUCAGUGGAGGUUAUCCGACAGUUCAAAGGUCAAAGAGAGAACCAUUAUGGAUGUAAUGGUCAGGAAGACCACGAUGACUCACACACACUUGAGAAUGAUGAUGUGCCGCUCACCAACACCCACAUGACCCGGAAAAGAGAGUCAUCUACCCGCCAAAUGCCACCUCUUAAGAAAAACUCUCACCCCUCAUCCUUGGGUUUGACUUCUGGCAGGUCCAGCUCUGAUCUGGACAUGGAUGACGUCUGGGCAGCGGACAAGUCACCGCAGAGCUGUACAGAUCAAACCGGAGGAGCUAAAAACAAACCAGUUAUUCUGACCCAUUCUGCAGAGCAAUUCACUGUGGUGCAUGCAGGUAGGAAAGAAUUGUUUGCUCCAACAGUGUCUCCAUCCAACCCACCAUCGGCAACCCAGCCCAACCAACAGACCACACCCAGGCCUAAGGGGAGAAUUGGAAGCACUAUACCCAGCGAAGGUGAUCAGCUGGGGAGGGCAGUUGGUGAGAAGGAAGUAAAGGAGAAGAGCUGGAGGAAGCAGUCUGAUCUAGGUAGGGAGAGUCAUGGAGUGAAGGAGGUCAUGAGGGAAGAAGAGGGUUAUGAGGAUUGCUGGAGGGCCUGCUACACAGCCUGGGAGCAGCACUACGCUUCCAUGCCCCCCUUUUGCCACCAGGGUUACCAUGGCUACCACAUUAUGGCAUCCAGUUGGAUGGCGGCUUACCGUAUGAACUCUGUGUACAUGGAGGAGCUGCUCAAACAGUAAUGCAGGGCUUCAUGCGCAUGCCUGAGAGUCUGUGUUAAUAUUCUACUUAAACAGGACAAGAAGUACAUACAUGUCCACUGAGUGUCUGCUGCCCCCACAUUGGGUAUUUAACCCAGCUAAACACAUUUAAUGUUUAAAACUAAUUAGGAUGCUGCAAAUGCGAGGAAUCUCUUUAAAAGCAGCUAAGGAUGAGAAGAUUUGAAUAAGUGAGCAGUUCCUUAGGCAAUUUUGCCCUUGUUGUUACUACAGUUGUUUACUACAAGGUGCAGAAUUUACUGCAUGCAGUAUUAUUUUUACCUUAACACUGUAAAUUAUUUGACUUUUCUAAUAAAGAUACACUUAAAGCUGAA